GCAGAAGUCAGUAGUUGGGUCUCCGUUCAGGCAGGUGGAUUUCCGCCCGCUUGUUGCGGCCAAAACCACUAAACUGUGCAAUACCCCUGGCGGAGCUCCGCCCCGCAACAAAGAUGUUUGAUGAGGUAUGAAUACCUACAAUCUAUUUCAUAUUGAGUGAAAAAAGGGGGAUCACGAAGUGCAUAUAUAGAGUCUAUCUGUUCGCAACCAUGGCCUGAUGUCUCCCUUGGCUGGACAAUCACAUCAACCACAUAUCACUAAAGCAAAAUGUCACCCAUCAAAAAAGUUGCAGUAUUCGGUGCCGCCGGCACUUUUGGCGGACCCAUCACCUCUGCCCUGCUCGAAGCCGGGUACACGGUGACGGUUGUGACGCGCCGAGACUCGACGGCCGAGUUCCCGCCCACGGUCUCGUCGGUCAUCCGCACAUCAGGCUACGCGGACCUGGCGGAGCUGCACUCGGCGCUGCAGGGCCAGGACGCCGCCGUCUGCGCCCUGGCUCCCGGUGCCUUGCCGUUCCAGGAGGGCAUCGUCGAGGCCGCCCAGGCCGCGGGCGUGCGGCGCCUCAUCGUCAGCGACUUUGGCUGGGGUCCCGACCACGGCCGUCAGUUCCCAGACUUUGCCGACAUUGGCGAGGCGAGGAAGGUCCCCAUAGACAAGGCCAGGGCCCUUGCUAGGUCGAACCCGGGCUUCUCGUGGACUGCUGUGGCCAUAGGGAAUCCUAUCGAAUGGGCUCUCAAAAAGUUCCCAACCAUGGGCUUCGACGUCUCCACCAACACCGCCAUCAUCUACGACGCCGGAACCGAGACCUUUACCGGCACCACGAUCCAGGGGAUCACCCAGGCCGUCAUCGGCGUGUUCCAGCACCCGGAUGAGACUGCGAAUCGCGUCGUCAAGGUCCGUUCGGUACAGACCUGCCAACAGGAGCUCUUGACUGCGUUCAGAGAAGCCACACCCGGCAAGGAGUGGAUGGUGCGGCACGAAACUGUCGCCAACCUCAUCAAGAGGGGCAGGGCAAAGCGUGAGGAAGGGCUGCCGUGGCAUUUAGACCUGGCCGUGGCCCAGCUGUACGAGGAGGGCAAAGCCCGCAGCGUGCUCGUGUCGAAAGAAGACUCGGAUAACGACGUGGUUGGGAUUCGGGACGAGACGGUGGCCGAGAUUGUCGCCAAGGUCUUGUCCUGAAGCUUUGAUCCUGUAUAGCAUAGCAGGCCCCUUGAAAUUGAAAUUGAGAAAAAUGAACAAAUUCAAGGCACUCCUCACAUGAAUGAAUUCCAUUGUAUUGUGACCGUCCUUUUGGUAUAUACAUAAAUGCCUUCCCGGCGCCUGGCUUUCAUAUUACACACUUUUGGAAAAAGC